CUUUCCUCGCAAACGAAUGCUCAAUUAUUGGACUAAGGCGUCUUUAUUUGCAAACCCCCUACUCAGACACGUUCUCCUUAGCUCAGGGAAUAUACCCGUGGAGCGAAAGAGCAAGGACAAUCGUGUCCUCUUCAAGGGUACCUUUGAGGUCCUUGCACGUGGAGAGGCUGUUGCUUUGUUCCCCGAAGGGACCAGUUACACGGAGCCUCGGAUCAUGCAGGUUAAGGAUGGUGCAUCGUGGAGUGCACUGGAAUACAUGAAGUGGGCAAAGGAGAAUCCAGACAAAGCUACCUCAAAGGAGCUCGUGGUAGUUCCAGCAGCAAUCGUGUACACUAACAAGUCAAAAUAUCGCAGUGAGGUCAUUAUUGAGUUUGGAGAACCAAUUUCCUUGAAGCAAUAUGAGGCUCAGUUCUUGUCGCCAAUCGAAGGAGAGCCUCGUAUAGCUGUGAAGCGGUUAACACAGCGUAUCGAAGCGGAACUGAUACGCGCAACAAUUAAUGCACCUGACUGGGAUACAUUAUACGUGGCACGCAUGGCUCGCAGUUUGCUCUGGGAGAAGAGCAAAUCUAUUGACCUUAACGACUUCGUGACCAUCUCUCAGACGCUCGUCGACCUUUUCUCGACCCCAGAUGCCACUACGAAUACAACGCAAGUAAAACGCCGUCUUCUUGAAUAUUACUCCCUCCUACAAUCAUCCAAGCUAAAUAACUCCGCACUAUCUUCACUUCCUCUACCCAAGACACUUGACCCGCGCCGUCCGGAGCCCUUACCAUCUCGUCUCCGUACGCUCCUCGUGUUAUGGCGGGAUACGCUUUCAGUACUCGUCAGACUUCCAUUCUUCCUUUUCCCCCUCCUAGUGCACCUCCCAGCAUACUUGGCAUCCCGAGCCGCUGCACGCCUCGUUGAAGACGAAGAAGAAACUCAAGCUCAAAACAAAGUUGUUGUCGGUCUAAUUUUAAUGAUUAUGAUUUACCCAGCUGCGUUUUUGUUCCUCUGGGCGUUGUUUUGGUAUACUCCCGUUGGUGCUGUCGUUGCUGCUACGACUGUAUGGUUGUUUGCUGUGUACCACGUGAAAAUGAUUGACAAUGUGUAUGACCACGCAAAACAGUUGGUUGCAGCUUGGCGCGUGUUGGUCGGGAUAUGGUCUCCGCGAAAGACGGAGUUAUCGAUGACGGCGUUGCAGCAAUACCUAGUUCCAAAAGUCCCGCCCGAGAGUCCCUGGAUAGACAAAAACAAGAAGGUCAAACAACAACCAGAAUCAGAAUCUCAGUCGCCUCUUGGACAAGAAUCAUCAUCUGCAGGAGCAGGAGCUUCUUCCCUCUCUUCUACAAGCGCAUCCCUAACACCAACACCGAACGAUAAAUUCAACUCAAAAGGACGCAAGCGUAGACCACCUACACGUCGACUCAUCCGACACGUCCUUCGCGCCCGCUCACAAGCCGUCCACGCUCUCGCUGCGUUCUUUGCUGAACUUGAACGGCAGCCGGAAGGGAAACGGGUUUAUGCGAGUGCGCAUCUCGCUCAGCUUUACGGUGGUUUUUCAGAGGCUUCUCCGGAUACGAAGGAGGACCCUACCUCUCCUACUCCUCCAAAAGGCUGGCGCUCAUCCCGCGAAGUCCUAACCUUCCUCCGAACUCGUGGUGCACGAAUCGCAACUCUCGAAUCACAAAUCGCAGAAGACUACUGGGCAGCUUCUUCGGGUGCUCUACUGAGUGACGGUGACGUGGAGGGAGAAGGUGGAGAAGGUGAGACGGAGUAUAGCUAUAAUAGCUAUAGUAGCGAUGCCCAGGAUAGUGUGAAGGAGAAUGAGGGGGAUGAGGAUAUAAAGUGGGUUGCUCCGAUGAUUCGAUGAUCUGAUUGGUGAUUUGGUUUUUGGCUUUGCUUGGGGCCGGGAGGUAUUUACGUUGGUUGGAUUAUUCUACUCUACGUACUGUUUUCUUCUCUCUAUUCAUGAUAAUGAUAAUGUUGUCACGACUGGUUGCGAUUAAA